UACGCUCUGUCUGUUUGAAAACAGUUCAAACAUCAACAGGAAGUGACGUCGCACAUUAUUCGCUUAGAGCGCCUUUAAUGUAAACAAGUUCAAAGCGAUUAAGGUAUUUUGUUUCAUUUCUUUAAAGUGUUUUAUGCACCGUCUGUACUUAGCCACUAUAGCUUACAAAUAGACCGACUACGAAUAACCCACGUUUAGCCCAGAAAUAACCAUUAAUUUAAUUACAUGUGGUUUUUGCCAAAUAACUUGUGAGAUGUAUGGUAUAAUUGUGUAAGCAAAGUUAACAGCGAUUACAAGGUUUGUUUAAUUUCUUUAAAGUGUUUUAUGCCUCGUCGUACAUAUAGCCACUAUUUAGCUCAUAAAUAGACCGACUACGAACAAACCAUGUUUAGCCCAGAAUAACCUUGAAUUUAAUAAAAUUUUGUUUUUGCCAAAAUAACUUGCAAGAUGUAUGAUAUUUCAUCAGGCAUGCAAAGACACCAAUGAAUUUAAGAUGUUUGGUUUUAUUUAUCUUAUCUGAAUAUCUGCUGUCACGCAUAACAUUUAUUAUUUGACCGUAUUUCAAAGAUAAACAAAAUCCAGUUACAACUCCGAACCGCUAGAUGGCAGAGUACACAAACACGAAGCCAAAUCUCGCAAGAAACAUUUCCGCUGUUUGAAAAUCAACAACAUCAGCGAGCAGCCAGGAGGGUGGAAGAAGUAAAACCCAAUAAGGUGAUUAUCUGUUCAGACUCAAUGUCCUCACUAGCAUGCAUUCAGAGUGGAAAGUCUACAUGUAGACAGGAUCUAUUAGAUGAAAUUAAUCAACUCAUUUUUAAAAUAAAUCAACAGAGCACAAGAGUAGAAUUUAUAUGGGUUCCUGCACAUAGGGGAGUGGAGGGGAACGAGAAGGCAGACAUGCUGGCCAAGGAAGCUGUUACAUCAGAACUGGUUGAAAUAAAUAUCACGUUAAGCAGAUCAGAAAUUAAAAGUAUUAUUAAGGACAAAAUUAACAGAAUAUGGCAGGAGAGAUGGGAUAAGGAGGGAAAAGGUAGACACUUGUAUAACAUACACAAAGAGGUUACAACUAGUAAAAUUAGUGGAUUGGAAAGACAGGAGGAAACAUGGUUUUCAAGACUGAGGAUGGGACAUACAAGUUUAAAUAGUGGAUUACAUAUUAUAGGAAAACAUCAGACUGGAAUAUGCACAAAUUGUGGAGUAACAGAAAAUGUAAAACACAUACUUCUAGAAUGCACACAAUACACCAGGGAAAGGGAAAACAUGAAGAAAGCGGUAAAUAAAGACUUAACAAUGGAAAACUUAUUGAGUGUAACCAGUACACAGUCCUCAGUUAGGGCGGUUAUAGCUUUCCUUAAAGAAACCCAAUUAGCAAGUAGAAUUUAGUUUUCAUCCUUUAGUUUAUUUUAUUUUAUUUUAUUUUUUUUUUUUUUUUUAUGUAAGUAUUUUUAUUCCAUCCCAAUGUGAUCACACCUCAGUCCAGUAGAUGGCGGUAAUGCACAUUGAUUGCAAACUGCCAAUAAAACUCAUCGAAGAAGAAGAAGAAGAAGAGCAGCCAGGAGGAAAGCAAUCUACCACACUCGUUUGGUCUUCACUUUCACCAGCAGAGGUCCUCAUUGAGCUCUGAUUUGAAAAGCUUCGAGUAAUGAACCUUUUUCCGAUACAAUUGGGUUGAAAGCUUCACUGCUUCAAGAAAGCUUCACUUCGCCAUCACUAGCAUUAACCUUUAAGGUGUCAAAGCUGUGCGAAACUGGAGGGAGAAACUUGAGAGACCGUGCCGGAAGAAUGCUGGACAGAGUUCACUAAAAUUAAUUAAUUUCAAAGUUCAACAUGAAUGGUGGUGGUCCACUGCAGAAGCAAGCAUUUGAAAAAAACAUCAGUUCUUAGUUAUUAAAGAACCACACACAAAUACUUUCUUUAAUAAAACAUCUUAAAGAGAACAUCUUGUCAGCAUUCUGAUCAAUGCUCCGUGGUGGCUGCAACCAUUAAAGGACCACUCAAUUAUACAGUCCUUACCAAUCACCAUAACAAAUUUGGUCCUUCGAGCCGGAUCACGUGUGGUCAUCGUGGGAUUGUUUAGAGAUGUUCUCGGAUCAGUAUACACGCCCAGCAGAUGCACGACCCCGCCGAGAAGUCCGGCGACCAGCCUGGAUGGAAGACUAUGACAUCCCUCCCCAAGCAUUGCAGCAGCCCUCUCAUUUGCCUCCGCAAACAUCUAAUCUGCCAGAGCAACAGCAGCCUUAUGACAGCAUGGUUAGAUUUCCAGAGAGACACGCCAGGAUGACGCCUCUCACACCCCGACUGCUGCAUGAGGAUGGGAAGGUCAUACAGGGAGCAGAGGCUGCCUGUUCCCGUCAGUUCGAGUUUUCAGCACCCCUCUAUGAGAGUACGCCUGCCUCGACCCGAUCGAGGCCUGCCCCAGAAACCGCGCCUGAGGUCCUAGAAGCUCUUCAUAAGUUGAGGGAAGAUAAUCAGAGGCUACAGCAACAGUUAAUGGACAUGCACAGGCGACUAGACGCCCGAAGUCCCCAACCAAACGUACCAGCACUGCAACAGACAGCCCCUUCUCCUUUCCCUACACCAGCUCCCCCUCAACAGCAGUACAACAUAGAGCAGGAUGGCGCCCCAUAUCAAACUAGGCCAAUACUGCCACCUGCACGAGUUGGUGGUCAUACUCUGCCUCCCGAUGAUGAUGACGACUGGCCACUGCCACCUCCCCCAAUAGCAGACAACACUUAUCAGCCACCAUCACAGGAUCUUAUGGCAGAGCUCAUAACAGCACUGAGAGACAUUAAGACGACACGUCUGCAGGAGUAUCCCAAUCGCCUUGAACCAUCUUCUCCAGCGCGACCACAGACACCAGGGUAUUGUGUGCCCUACACCCCACAAAGAUGUGAGUCGCUGCCCGAAGAGUUGCAACCCUCCCCCCACCAUGAGCUAGUAUACCGUGGGCCUAAGCCCACAAUCCCGGUAUUUGCCAAAGGAGAUCCGAGAGAGUUUGCCAGACUUAAGAUCGCUCUGGAGAACUUACUGCCUGUGGAUGCUACAGAGCGCUUUAAAUAUCAGAUCCUGGUGGAUCACCUGAAGUAUACUGUUAAUAGCGGAUUCCUACACCAACUCACUGCGACCCUAUACUGACACCAUGACAAGCUUAAUUGAGCAUUAUGGGCAGCCUCAGCAGCUAGCGCUCAGAAAAAUUGCUGAUCUAAUGGAGGCCCCUAAUAUACCACGUGGUGACACCAGUGGGUUUAAGGGGUUCGCCCUGAAAGUAAGAGCACUCGUGGGGCUGUUAGACCAGCUUGGAGACAGUGGAAAGACUGAGCGUCACUGUGGUUCACAUGUGACACGGCUGCUGUCCAAACUGCCACACGAUAUACGGGCUGAAUUCAAGAGGUUCCUGUACCCAAUGCGUGUAACAAUUCCAAGCCUCUUGCACUUCUCUGACUGGCUUGACUACGAGCUGAAGAUGCAGGAGACAGUGUAUGAGCCUCUAACUAGUGAAAACAAAGGCAGAGCAGGACCAAGGGUAGACCGCCGCCGUGAGCCUAAGAGUGGCAAGAAUACCAACAUUAUGCUGACCACGGACCAACCCGAGAGCACACUGACAGUAGAGAAAGCCUUAUCUAGCACCAAGCAGCCAGAGAGGACAACAUAUUGCGCUUACUUAGAUAAGUGUGCAAACUUUGCACAGCUUACAGUGGAACAGAUAACAACAUGGAUUAAGACCAACAAGAGGUGUUGGCGAUGCGGUCGCUCACAUCAGGCUGCACAGUGCCGCUUAAAGAUCACAUGUCACAAGUGUAAAGGUAGACAUCUGCAAGCUUUGCAUGAAGUGAAUAUAAAACCUGCAGCUGAGGAUACAUCCUGCCUUAUCAGCACAACUAAUGAAGUUCUGUAUGUAGACCGGCGGGCUGGAUGCAGCCAGGUCCUACUGAAAGUGAGUAAAGUGCUGCUGCGCAACGGUGAACACACCUUGGAGACAUAUGCUAUCCUUGAUGAUGGUUCGGAGCGAACCAUUCUCCUCUCUGCAGCAGCGCAGAGCCUCAAGCUUACUGGUGAACCUGAAAAUCUGAUCCUCAGAACUGUUCGGCAAGAUAUCAGGGUUCUGCACGGCACUGCAGUGUCAUUCUCUAUCUCUCCAGUAGACCAUCCAAAGAAGUCCUUCAAGAUAUACAGAGCAUUCACUGCUGAUCAACUCCGUCUGGCUGAGCACACUUACUCAAUGAAGGCACUUCAGAGGAAGUAUAAACAUUUAAGAGGCCUCCCUUUCCAGACGAUUAACAAAGUGCAACCCCUGCUGUUAAUCGGUUCAGAUUAUACACACUUAAUCACUCCGGUGGAGCCUGUGCGUUUGGGACCCCAUGGGGGACCAGCCGCGGUGAAGACAAAGUUGGGCUGGACACUUCAAGGGCCGACCAGGUACACCAAGCAACAGGCAACAUCACAACAGUGUCUGCACGUCUCCACCCUCUCAUCCACUAGCGAGCUUCUACAGAGUGUAGAGAGAUUGUGGCAGCUGGAUGUUCUGCCGUACAGGAGUGAAAAGCUCGUCACACGCUCCAGGCAGGAUCAGGAAGCAGUCCGCCUGCUGGAGGCAAAGACUAAACGAGUAGAGGUUGAUGGAAUUCAGCGCUACGCUACUCCCCUCCUCAGAGUGAAGAACAUGCCACUGCUUCAGGCACCUAAGGAGACUGUGCUAGCUAAUCUCCGCAGUACAGAGAGGCGUCUGCUGCGAGACCCUCAAAAGGCAGCAGCAUACUGUGCAGAGAUUGGGAAGCUGGAAAAUGCGGGCUAUGCUGUUAAAGUGUCAGAAGAAGAGCUGAGCAAAGCAGCUGAGUCCUGGUUCAUCCCACAUCACAUGGUGAGCCACAACGAAAAGAACAGAAUUGUGUUCAACUGUUCCUACACGUAUAAAGAUAAAAACCUCAACAAGCUGCUAUUGCCUGGGCCCACCUUAAGUUCCAGUUUACUGGGUGUACUGCUGCGCUUCAGAGAGCAUGCUAUUGCUAUCAGCAGUGAUAUCAAGGGCAUGUUCCACCAGGUGAGGCUGCUCCCGGAAGACAAGCCCUUGCUGCGCUUCCUGUGGCGAGACCUGAAUACAGAGGAACCACCCAACAUCUACACAUGGCAAGUUCUUCCAUUUGGCACCACAUGUAGCCCCUGUUGUGCAACGUUUGCGCUGCAGAAACAUGUGUUGGACCACAGUCAGCCAGGUGAAGAUGUUCGAGUGUCGAUAGAACGAUCCUUUUAUGUGGAUAAUUGUCUGCAAAGUCUCACGUCUGUUGAAGAAGCCCAUCACCUGGUCGACAAACUGACCUCACUGUUGGCUACAGGUGGAUUUGAGUUACGCCAGUGGGCCAGUAACAACCCGGAAGUCAUCAGUCAUCUGCCCAAAGAAGCAAGAUCUGAGAGCAGUGAGUUGUGGCUCAAUGAGUCAGGCACUGACCCACAGGAGCUCGCCCUUGGACUCCGCUGGUUAUGCAAUUCAGACACCUUAAGGUAUAAAUACCGUAUGUUGGACAAAACUACACCCACCAUGCGAAAUAUAUACAGAGUUCUGGCACGCCUUUAUGAUCCCUUGGGAUUUAUAGUCCCCUUUACCACGCGGGCCAAAGUUCUGGUGCAGCACUUGUGGGAUAAACAGAGAGACUGGGAUGACCCGUCCCUACCUGAGGAUGUGUUGCAGUCAUGGCUGACGUGGGAAGAAGAAUUGGAGCAUCUCUCCCAGAUUAUACUGCCUCGCUGCUAUGUGAGCCUUGAGAUGGACAGUUCAAACCACCAGAGAGACCUACACAUCUUUGCUGAUGCGUCAGAGAAGGCAUACGGCUCAGUGGCAUAUUUGCGGAUGGAGAGUUCACACGGCAGUGCAGAGGUCUCUUUUGUUGCUGCCAGGUCUAGGGUGGCCCCGAAGAAGCAGCAAUCAAUACCCAGACUGGAGUUGUGUGCUGCUCUGACAGCUGCACAGCUAGCUGCCCUAUUGCAAAGAGAGUUGACAGUUAAUAUCCGGAAUGUUGUCUUCUGGACAGACUCCACAACAGUACUCGCAUGGCUCCAGUCCGAUUCCUGUCGGUACAAGGUAUUUGUGGGAACACGGGUAGCCGAAAUCCAGGAGCUGACUGAUGUCCGGGCCUGGAGAUAUGUGGAUUCUGUUAAUAACCCAGCCGAUGACAUUACGCGGGGAAAAUCACUGCUGGAACUGGCCAGUAAGACCAGAUGGAGUCAGGGCCCUGCCUUCUUACAACAGUCGCCUAAAGUCUGGCCUACACAGCCAGCCACAGAGGUAACAGAGGAUCCUGUUGAGCUGCGAAAACCCACUAUUUGCUAUCUCACUACAAGCAUACAGACUUCUCUGCUACCAAAUGCUGAUAAAUUUUCCUCAUUUAGAGCGCUGAUAGAAGCGGUUGCACAAUCGAGCGCUGUGUCAUCAGGGAGCCCAGUCAGUCUUUCUGCCGAUGAUUACCAAGAAGCAGAGAGAGAAGUAUUGAGACGAGCUCAGCAGGACAGCUUUCCUGAGGAGUUUAGUCUCUUGAGUACCAGUAAGCCAGUAGCUGCCACCAGUAGGCUGAUCUCUCUUGCACCAGAGUACGACAAGACUGUUAGACUCAUACGGGUUGGAGGAAGGCUUCGCCGCAGUGAACAGCUAGAGCUAGAUUCUAUUCACCCAGUGGUCCUGGACCAUCGGCAUAAAGUGACCAAGCUUAUCAUCCAGGACAUGGACAAGAGCCUCCGCCAUCCAGGAUCAGAGCGCCUUUUCGCAGAGCUGCGGCGCAAAAACUGGAUUCUGCAUGGACGUGAAGCUGUUAAGCGCCAUCAGCACUCCUGUCCUGACUGCCAAAGAUGGAGAGCCUCUCCCGUAGUACCCAAGAUGGCAGACCUCCCACAGUCAAGACUACAGCUGCUGAAGCCCCCAUUCUUCUCUACGGGCAUGGACUGCUUCGUGCCUUUCACAGUGAAGGUUGGUCGUCGCCAUGAGAAGAGAUGGGGCAUACUAUUUAAAUGUCUGACAACGCGCGCUGUGCAUGUGGAUGUUCUGUCCAGUAUGGACUCUGAUUUCUUUUUGAUGGCUCUUCGUCGCUUCAUUGCACGAAGGGGUAAGCCAGCAGAGCUCCGGUCCGACCAGGGCACUAAUUUUAAGGGAGGUGAAAGAGAACUCCAAGAGGCCUUCAGGUCAUUACACCCCACAAUCCAGACUCAUCUGGCUAAACACCAGAUUAGGUUUCAGUUUAACCCCCCAAGCGCACCACACUUUGGAGGCGUCUGGGAGAGAGAAGUGAGGUCUGUGAAAGCUGCACUGUAUGCCACCAUCCAAUCACAGACUGUACCUGAAGAGGUCCUGCGGAUGGUACUUAUUGAAGUGGAAGGGAUUUUAAAUUCUAAACCACUGGGUUAUGUGUCAACAGAUGUGACUGAUGUUGACCCAGUUACCCCCAACUUGCUCCUCAUGGGGCGGCUCGACCCCGCUUUACCACAGGCUGUGUAUGCUGAGUCUGAGCUCCUGAGUCGCCGUCGCUGGAGACAUUCUCAGGUGUUAGCCGACCAGUUUUGGUCCCACUUUAUACGACACUACCUCCCGACUCUUCAGACUCGCUCCAAGUGGCACAAGGACCCUGCACAGCUGCAAACUGGAACCAUAGUCAUGGUGGUGGACCCACAGCUGCCAAGAGCACAGUGGCCUUUAGGUCAUGUCACGGAGGUCAUUACAGGAACUGAUGGAAGAGUCAGGACUGCAGUAGUUAAAGUCAAGGACAAACUCUACACUAGGCCUGUUGCUCGCCUGGUAGCUCUGCCUGCCAUACCAGACAGUGAUACGGUCAGUCCUUCUUAGAGUAGCAAAUAUAGUGUAACAUAUUUGGGGGUGGCUUUGACGAAGGACGACCCCUUUCAGGCAGAUAGACCUGUCUGCGUGAGAAUCAGCCAAUCAGGAGCGUCAUUGCGCUCUGCGACCAGCGGAAGCGGACAGGUUAAGUUUCAGUUUCGAAAGCUCGAAAGAGAGCGCUGAUGUUGAAGACUGUGCAGUUAAUAAAUUAUAUAAUAGCAUGUUGCUGUACUUACCAGUUCUAGUAAUGUGUGUGUGCAACUACCAGUAAGUAAAACUGAUGUUUGUCAUCACAAUAAUGUUACACUAAUGCUAUGUUAAUGCACUUUGAUAAUUUUGUCGCAUGUAGUGGCCCGUUAUAUAUAAUGGCGGAGCCUCGUGCUACCCGUGCGUGUAGAAUGUUAAAUAUUAAUGUAGAUGGUUCUUUGGAAACCUUAUGUAUGUUUAGUACAUUUGCACAAUGUGUAACGUUUAUUAUAAGGAGGAAUUCUGUAGUUCAUUGUUAUAUGUUAAUCUGUAUUGUGUAUAUUGUAGUUAUUGUUCAGAAAAUAAUACGUUUAAGGGGUGUAGUGUAUUAAAGCCUGUUUAGUGUAUUUGCUUAGUGAUAAGCAUUUAUUAUGGCACUACAUUUAAAGGUUUCAUAUAUAACAAAUUAUAAUUUAAUUCUUGAUUGUGUUUGCUUUAUUAUACCUGUUAAAUAUUUGACAUUAUAGAGCCUACGUUUUACUGAUAUAUAUAUAUUCCUGUAUCUCUGUUUCAGAACCACACACAAAUACUUUCUUUAAUAAAACAUCCUAAAGAGAA